AUAAUUUUUUCUGUGAGAGUGAAUCAUUGCUGAGUUUGUUUAACUUAUUUUUGUAUUCUAUUCUAUCGUCUAUCCAUACAAUUUGUGAUGAUAGUGUAGAUUUUUGUAUUUUACCUACGUAUUAUUCUAAGAGUUGGUAAGUAUGCUACUGAAUAUAAUAAAUAAACUACCCUAGAAAAGGAAUAAUUCUUGGCACCAACUACCUACUCUGAUCAUACUCUCCCUGUUAAUUUCCGUUCAAAAACAGAAUUACCUAUAAUAAACAGAUACAACUGUGAAAAAUAACUUCGUGUUGUAUGAAAAUUGUACCUCGUUUUCAAUAAUAAGAAGGCUAGUAGUCUUAACAUAAUCAUAAUACCUACAAGAAGGCUGUUUUGUAUUAUAAAAGUAAAUAAACAUGAAUAAGAAAAGGAACGUAAGUUUCAUUAAGCCAGAAGAUCCAGAGUUUCUGAAAGUUCUGAAAAGACAAGCUGGCUAUGAUGAUAAGAAUCAUAAGUUUGAUGAGCUGCAAAAUGCAGAUGGAGAUUUUGCAGAAGACGAGGACACUGAACAACCGCAAGUUGUAGUGCUGAAACCUGGAGAUCUAACUGCUGAAGAAGCAGAAGUGGAAAAGAAGAGAUUAGAGAAAGAAGAAGCUGAAACUAAAGCUGAUCUUAGCCAGAAAGUUAUAUUCAAACCAAAAGCCAAGAGUUCAGAGCCAGAAUCAAACAAACGAAAAAGGAAAGAAGAACAAAACAAACACAGUAAGGAUAAGAAAAGCAGACAACUAUUAUCAUUUGCAGAUGAUGAUGAUGAUGAUGAGGAAGAAUAAAAUAAUUGUUCGUUUAA